AUGGGAAAUACUCAAAUCCAACUUGGAAAUCAGUCAAUACUCAUUGAAAGAGAAUUAGGAAGUGGUGGAUUUGGAAAACUAUAUCUUGCCCAUCCACAAAAUAAUUUAUCAAUUAAUUAUGCCUUGAAAACACAAUCCUUUUUUGAUCAACAAAGAUUAGACCAAAUUAAAAAAGAAAUUGCUAUUCAAAAAAAAUGUUGUCAAUGUGAAUUUGUUUGUCAAUUAUAUCUUUCUGCUGCAUUUUCUAAUCCUAGAAAAGAAGUGUUAAUGUUAAUGGAAUAUUGUCCUUCUUCAUUAGUUCAAAUCUUAGAGAAAUCAUAUCCAAAAGGAUUACAAGAAUCUAUUGUACUUGGUAUUUUCUAUCAAAUAGCUAAUGCAAUAGCAUUUCUUCAUUCUCAAAAUCCUCCUAUUGUUCAUAGAGAUAUUAAAAUUGAAAAUAUUUUAUUUUCUUCAACAAGAAAAUUUAAACUUAUUGAUUUUGGAAGUGCUACAUUUGAAUCUGAAUUAUUACGAAAACAAGGAGAUUGUGGUAUCGUUGAAGAGGAAGUUAAUAAAAUGACUACUCCUGAAUAUAGAGCACCAGAAUUAAUUAGUGUUUAUGAAUAUCUCCCAAUUGGAUGUAAAAGUGAUGUUUGGGCAUUUGGCUGUUUAGUUUAUAAAUGUUUAACUCUACACACUCCAUUUGAAGAUAGUCCAAUGAAAAUUCUUGGUGUAAAAUAUGAUCUACCAAAUUGUUCUCCUCUUCUUCAAACUUUAUUUAAAAUGAUAUUUAUUAGAAACCCAACACAACGAGCUGAUAUUUUUCAAAUACUUGGUUUUAUUACAGAUUCUACUAAAUUACCAAAUCCUUAUAUUUCAUUUAGAAAACCUUUUCAAUUCUAUCACAACCAAAAUGUUCAACAACCCCAACAACAAUCUAUCAAAGAUAUAAAAAUACAAAAACAACCAUGUCACCAAAAUAAUGAACAAAAUGAAUUAAAACAUAAAGACGAUAGUAUUAAAGUAAGUGGGACAAAAACUUCUAUAUUAUCUAAUCAACAAAACACUUCUGAAUUUUCAAAAAAAACUCAUGUAGAAGUUAAUGAAAAUACAAUUAACAUUUGUGGCAAACUUGCAAAAGGAUUACCUCGAUCUCCAAGAAUAGCAAAUACUCAUUCAUCAAGACUUCCAAAAGAAACUCCAAAACUAAAUGAAAAUCACCAACCUCAUGACUUUGGAACCUUUAAUUUUAAUGAACCUGUAAAAGUUCUUAUCCCUCGUCAAAAACAAGAAACAGGUCAAUCAUUCGAAUUUAAAGAUAAAUGUUCAUUUGAUGAAUUGAGCCAAGACAAAAAACAACUUCACACUAGUCAUGGUUCUUGUCAACAAUCUCUUAAAGUUUCUGGAACUAAACAACCUGACAUAUCUUCUGAACCAAUAAAUCAAUCAUCUCCUUCUCUUUUUAAUUUUAACUCAACAACCCCAUCAUAUAUUCCUCAAGCAAAAGUUAUUCACCAAACAACUUCUAAUUCCUCAUUUGAUUUUGGUCAAAGUUCAUUUAAAUCCACUCAAAAACAAAAAAAAGAAUUUAAUUCAUUUGAUUUUGAUUCACAACCUAUGACUUCAAUUCCAUCACCUAUUCCAAAACAAAGGAUAUCCUCUACUUUUGUUUUCUAA